AGUCGUUUUGGCAUUGAUGGACGAGGUUUCGAGUUUGAGAGAAGAAAAGCUUCGCAGAAAACGAAAGUCGUAUUCUGUCUCGGAACAAGAAAUUGCUAAUGUAGAGUUUGAAAGCACCGGUAGCCGUUCAACCAAUUCAUCACCCACGCUUAGGAUUCGGAAUGUCAAACACCCUGAUUGCAAAGUAUCGACGACUGAAAAAGAUAGGGCGGAUGGUCAAAAGUUACUAGAGAGACAAGUUCAGAACAUUGAGUUGGAGCGCGCGAGACAUCGAGUUUUGGAGAAACUCAAAGACAUCCGCAGAAGAGCAGUAGCCUCAAGAGACGAACACAAAAGGCAGCUUUUGGUUAUUGAACGACAAGUGUCGGCUUCUACAGCAGCAUUGCUGAGGGCGAAAACAAUGCGGGAAGCAAAAAAGAAGCUUCCUGAUUUUGAUCAAUUACAAAGAAGCGAAGUAGAUUUACUCUCUUUCGGUAAUUAUCAAAUUGCGUCAAAACAGUUUCCAGUUUCUUUUUCAAGUGCGCCGGCUCUUCCAGCGAGUUAUGUUUAUGGUCAAUCGGACCCACCGCACAGACUCUCAUACGAAGAGAAUAUUCUAAAAGCCGCUUGCGAAAUUGUGAAGAAGAACACUACAUUAGCUAUGACAAGGCUUCCCAAACAACCUGAACCUCCAAGGGCAAAGGUCUUAUGGGACUAUUUAUUAGAUGAAGUUGUUUGGCUUGCAGUCGACUUUAGAGAGGAGAGAAAGCACAAAAUUUGUUUGGCUAAACGAAUUGCUGAUGAUUUAGCCUGUAGAAAUGUAAGCACAUUGUGUAAUGAAACGGAAAGAAGAUUCAGAGCAAAUUCACUUGCCAGUCUCGUUGUCAAGUUUUGGAAGUCGUCAAGAAACUUGUAUCUUGGGGCAAGCAUGAAACGAAACAGAAACACAGACAGUGUAGCAGAACAACAACUUUAUGAGAGUCUUUUAGUGUUGGAUGAUUCAAGAAAUGAGAUUCCGAACUCAAAUGAGGAGAAUUUCGAUUUAGAGGGAGACAAGAAGACGUCUGAAAUGACUUCAGCGGAAGCAGGGACAACCUUGUGUGAAUGUCUUGUAUCUACAGAAGAACAAAGAGACGAGGAAAUAACGGCGCUCUUUGACUCUGUUAAUAACAUGUCUUCAUAUGUUGAUCCUGAGGAAUAUUUGAUGAAUACCGGAAAUGUUAACAAGCCUGAAGGGCAAGAUACUUAUAGUGGAGUUAAAUUUGAUGAACGUAUUGACGAGAAGGAAAAUUCUUUUACUUUAAAUAACAAUGUCGCUGGAUUUCAAAGGAACUGCUUUGUUGACUUUGGGUUCUUUGAAAAAAGUGUUUUUUCAUUUUUAGACAAACUUACAAAUAUGUUUGGAGAUGAGAAUUUUUCGUCUUCGAGUUGCAUAGAACGCAUUCCUUAUUUCAAUGGCACAUUGAAGGAAUUUCAGUUCAAAGCAGUACAGUGGCUGGCCUCGUGUUACUUGCGCAAAUGGAAUGUUUUAUUGGCUGAUGAUCGAAAUUGUGGAAAGACAGUUAGUGUGAUAGCUUUCCUCACUUGGCUUGCAAAUGAAAGAGUGAACAUGGACCCUUUCCUAAUGAUUGCUUCAAGGGCAGAAAUGGAGCGUUUGGACAAGGAAUGUAAACGUUGGCUUUCCAAAAUUGAGAUCGUUGUGCUAGACAAGCAAGAGAGUAGCUUGACUCAAAGAGACUCAUUUUCUGCCAGUUCUGGAAAGUUUCUAAUGUUUUUGUGCCCUUAUGAAUAUCUUAAAGAUAUAGCAGAUGCUUUGUUUCGGAGAAGAUGGCACUGUUUGAUUCUGAAAGAUGCACAUAAUUUACGAAAUCUCAGAAAUGAGGAAUUCAAGUUGUUGGAAAAUUUCCAGUCAGAGUUUCGCAUGUUACUAACGGGACAUUACGACAUCUGCUUGUUUAGUGAUUUGUGGAGAUUCUUACGGCUUUUAGUUCCGAAAAUUUUGCCUCAAGAGUUGCGAAACAUUGACGUUUCAUUUACAGAGCGACUUUCUGGCAGCCGUCUGAAACCUAUUAUGAACAAGUUAGAAAGGGCAAUGAAACCUUUCACAUUACGUAGGAAGAAGGAACAGUUGUUGGCUAAUUUUCCCAAAAGGAUUGAGGAAAUUGUGACUUGCUCGUUGAGCAAAAAACAAAGAAGAAUUUAUAAUGAAGUCAUUUCGAAGAAGAGACUGUCAGAUUAUCCUAACCAGUAUUCAUUUAGUGAUUUGCUUUUUAUGGUGAAUGCCUUGAAAAGAAUCUGUAACUCCGCAGAGUUUAUAGAACCAACUUUUUCAUCGUCACCUUUCUCGUUACCGAACAUCCAGUUUCAUAUUCCAAAAGACAUUUUUGAAAUAUGCGAUAUGAAGAUGUUUUCCUAUGAAAGUAGCUUCUUUCUAAUUCGUAAAUCGCUUUCUUUGUUGCACUCCGAGCUAUAUUCAAAUGGGAACAAGGAGAAUAAUUGCGAAAAUUCGAUACAGCCUUCGACAUCAUCAUACUUACUUUCGGGCGAAGAAGAAUGGCAACAGUCCUUUCGUUUUUUGGUAAAUAACGAAUCAUCUUCGCAAAGAGAGUCCUUGACCGAAGAAGACCCAGAAUUCAGCUUGAGUCGUAAAAUUUCAUAUUUGCAGACAUUGGAUGUGCCAACAGAACUAUUGCUGAAACCAGCAUAUAGAUACAUGAAAAGUCUUGUUUCAUCAGCUUUCUUUAACAUUAUAGAAUGUACAAACAGAAACAUGUUUGAAACAGUUUCCUUUUAUCCCGAGCUACUUCAUGCAGUAGAGACUCGAAAGUUUUCCAGAACUCUGAGUAUAAUGGACUUUGGUGUAACGAGAGCAGUUGCUAAGACUCCAGUCAUCAACCACCCUCGUACAGAUUACGAAAAUAGAUUGGAAUCUUUGAAACUUUAUAUGCAAAACACUGCUCAACACGAUAGCUGUUCAAGAUACCGAAUGUCCUUCCAUAUGGAGUCCAACAGUGGAAAAUUGACGUGCUUGCGUUUGUUACUGGAAAACCUUAUGAAACUGGCACGUAGGUGUGUUGUCGUUUGCAAUACUCUGUCGGUUUUAGAUGUUCUUGAAUAUUUCAUGCUCCUGAACAAAUUCACUUAUGCACGUCUCGAUUCAACCAUUUCUAGAAAGCAGCGUUAUGCAGUGGCGGCUAAUUUUAGUCAAAACUCCGAACUUUUGUGCUGUAUAAUGACUGUUGAUUCAAAUGUUUCCUGGCAAAAGUUUUCGGGUGUAGAUACGCUUAUCUAUUUUGAACAUUGCUUGGACCUGGAGAAGGAUUCUCAGGUUGAGCAUACUGUAUAUAAUCUAUCACAAGAAAGACCUAUUCAUGUUUUACAUUUGGUUUCGAGUGAAACUGUCGAAGAAAGAAUGAUGAAGAAAGACAUUUAUCAAAAUCUUUUCAAAGGUUUUUCGUCAGUUACUUCUAUAAAAAACCCGAAAUUGCUUCAACUUAUCUCAGAGCUAAUCUCGGAUCCUGGUUAUGAUAACAUCGAAUCGCGGGUUACGUCAAAUAGGUGCUUGACAGAAAGCGCAAAAAAUUUCGAGGAAAACUCGUUUGCUGCCACAUCUGGUCAAAGGGAUAGACUUGAAGAAUAUUUCAGCUCAAUUAUUGAAAGUGGGGAGAUAGAGCGAGUGAAUUCUAUUUUUUCAGUGGAUGCGGUAGACGAUGUGUUGGAAGACAUUGAUAUAGUAUUUGAAUAUGAGAAUAAUCGGAGCAUUUCAGGAAUACAGUGUUAUUCCCUUAAUAUUCUUGACAGAAUCAGAACUGAAAUUUUUGCUCCUGAGAAACUUUCUACUCUUAUCAAUUUAUUCAACUCAAGAAAGUUUUUAGUUGUAGAUCCAUUACGAGAAGACUCGCCAACCGAGUUGUUUUACACCAGAAUGAUGGAUGAGGACAGUAGAUCGAGUUAUUCGAGAGCUAUUGAGAAUUCAGGCACUUGUUUGAAAAUAUAUUUGCCACUGCAUGAUGGUGGAAAGGAAGAAAUGACAAUGUCGACUGUUGUAGACAAAACAGCUGCAAUAGGAAUAGAAUCUGCAGAAGAUGCUGCUUUCUUUCCGUACGCGUAUUCUCGAUUGAGUAGAACCUCCGAUGCUACUCGUCUUCAAAAAGCAAAUACGUUAGAACCAAAGUUUUUGGAACAAAAUGGUCAAAGCUCCUAUAUUAAUAAAGGUGCCGAUUCUUGGGAAGGAGGCAGUAUGAACAGAACAGGAACGAUGUCGCCAGUGACUAACAAACAGUUGCGGAGUCACGAAAGGAAUAGAGCUCGAGCACCACGUCGAACAUUCUUUGAUGGUUCAGAGGACAAAUUCCUGUUAUGGACAUCGGAUGAAGACCGAGAACUGUUGAGAACUGUAAAGUCAUGUUAUGAGAACUACCUAAUAUGUCGAUAUUGGCUAAAAUGGACUACCUUUAGCCUUUGUAGACUUAAGAGACCGAGAACGGAGUACGAAUGCAAGGCUAGAUUUGAAAGUUUCUCGAACGAUAGCAGAGAAUCAUCUGAUUCGUUCCAAAAUGCAUCGACUGAUUCGCAUUUGUUGAAGCGGCAUUUAUCAUUGCUUGUUUCUGCUGUACAGAAAAAUUGGAAACAAAAUCAUGGAGGUCGAGUGUCGAGUGCCGAAGUUUGUACUCUAGUAGAGCCACAUCCUUCUUAUGCAAAACUUGAAAAGUCCAUGAUUGAAGAGGGAGUUGCCACAACAAUAUUACCUGAGGUUAUUCCUUCUCCAAAAAUUACAAACGAAGAAUGGAAACCAGGAUUCAAAACUACCGAUGUUCGCUCACAGCAGCCAUUUAUCAGGAGAUCUUCAAUGUUUUCGCGAGUCAACUAUUCAGGCUCCGGUUCUAUUCUAUCUGCCCAAGGAACAUUUCGUUCUUUUAGGCAAAGUCAGAAACCUCAAAAAUCGGAAAUGUAUGGAAAGAGCCUAAAACGACCCUUAAAUAAUAUGGGAUCGUGGUCUGGGGAGCAGAGGUCUCAGUUGUUAAAUGCAAAGUCAUUGACUCUUCCCAAAGCGGGAACAACAAUGAGCUCCUCGGGCUUCAGUAUGAGACCUACUAUUUUAACAAAAUUGAUGCGAAAACAAUCAGAACAAUCGCGUAAUUGGAAAACAGAUGUUAAGCUCUCGUUUGAGAACGGUGCAAACUUUCAAAGUGAUACAAAUCCUAUGCAUUCAAGAAUUUCUUCUUCCUCCAACUACACAAGAGGAGAUAGAGUGCAGGUCAGUACGAGAGACGAAGUUCUUAGCUCAGAUUCUUCUCUAUCGAGAGAUAAAACCCAAGCAAAUGAAUGGCAAACUUCAACAAAUAGUUUGAAACGUAGUAGGAAAUCCUUGAGACUAGACGAGUCUCGAUAAUAACCUUUGUUAUAUUCUUAAGAGGAACCUUUGUUUUGUUUUGGGAUGCAAGUUGAUAUCAGAAGUUAUCAAGUACUUGACUAUAUUUUCUUGCUAGAUGAAGUACCGUUAAGGAUACAAGAGCUUUCACUGGUCUGCUUCACAUGAAUAUUUUCCAUGAUUAUAACGGAGAGAUUGAGCUAACAUGCAAAGUUUUUUGGAGGUUAGGCGAAUCUAGAGAAAGACCGUAGUUGAUAUUGGAAGGGAGUUGUAAAACUGUAAGUUCCCCGCAUCCUCCAUUGCUAGAAGUUGCUGUGAAAGUUCUCAACCACCACAUUUAUUUGAAUAUGCUUUUCAAGAACUCCUCAUACCAAAUUGGAGUUUUUGAAAAGACUCAGAGCACUUACUGUAAAAGAAGUGAUAGAGUCCCAAGGGAAGCCUUGAGGGAAACUUUACCGUUUUGAAAAUGGGUUGAAAUGCUGCCAAUGAGAGUCACUAACAACUUGGUCUAUAAUAAACAAUUUCAAUAAGAAUAUUUCGUACAGUAGGAAAAACAGAAGCAUCAACUUGACGAAGAUAAGGUUGGAAUGAAAUAUCUGAAAGGGUUACCUUCCGUUUUUGAAAUCAUCCAUUGGAUAAUCUUUUCCUUGAAACAAACCAGUUUGUUUUUUGGGGUCCGGAGAAACAACUCUCACAUUGAAAUAGUGUUGCAUAGAUA